ACAGCUGAAGUCGGGACGCGUCGCUUUUUCGAUGUCCUCCGUGCUCUCCUCCUUCGUCCUCCGCUCGCAGCGCACGCUGCUGGCGUCGACCCUGCUGCUCAGCAUCCCGUUGCUGAAGCGGCUGUGGUCCCUGCUCUCAUCACCACGUCGCAUCCGCGACUCCCGGUCGAGCGAGCACUGGACUGCCGCGGCGACAAAGGCGUCAGCGAAGGACCUGACAAAAGCCGAGCUCAACAGCGUGGGGACCAGCGCAGCACUCACAGAGACGAGCGUCGUCACGGCGGAGCUCUCUGGGUUCUACCCGGCGACAAGUGCCAGCCAUGUGAUUCAGGACUCGCGCUGGCUCACGACCUGGAAGGUCAGGGAUUUCCUGCGCUUCCUUGGUAAUGGGCACGUCAUCGAGACCUUCCGGACGAUCCGGCAGGGGUACGCCAAGACCAGGCUCAGGGUGGGCGACGCGCGCCAGCUGCAGCGCCAGGAGAUGGAAGAGCAGGGCAUGAGCGCCCCCGACUUCUUCGCCAAGCACGGCUUCAUCCUGCUCAAGCACCAGACCGCCAUGACAGAGGAGGACUGGCUCGCCUCCGUCGAGAACAUCGAGUCCUUUUUCGAGUGA